GAAGCAAUUCUUCAUUUCUGGCUGCUGGAGAUUCAGAAAUAUGGCAAAUCGUCCACACGUGCCCAAAUUCGGAGACUGGACCGAAGAUGCUCCUGCAUUCACGGUCGUGUUCGAAAAAGUGAGCAAAAGCAAGAAAGAUAUGAACGUGUCCAACCCGAAUGAAUAUCCAGAAAUGAAUCCAAACGCUGCACAAAAUCGAAAUAUGUCUAGGCAUGACCAACAAGCACCAAACCAUAAUGUUAGACCAAGACAUGAAAGAUUCAAUAGCAGAGAAGAAACCGAAUUCAGACCGUCUCCUGCACACAAUGAAAGAAACAAAAGAGUUAAAUCAGUUCCUCCCACACCAGAAACAUCCAACCAUCAAUCAUAUGGUGGAGGAGGCAGGUCAAUGGGAAAUCCGUCGGAAACAAAUAGACGGCAAUCACGUGAUCAUGUCCCGGUGCGGCCCAUACGCAAUCUUAGAGGUCAAAGUAGUGAAAGGGUGGCGACUAUUCCGCCGUUUCCUGGAUCGGGUUCGAACAUGGAGGAUCAGAGUUACACACUCAUCUUUGACAAAGUGAAAGAAGAUAGGAACCAAGCAAGAUCUUCUAAUGGAACCGAUCAUAGCACCCCGACUCGACCCAUUAUCAACCAACAUCAUCAACCAUUACCUUCUAGUCCCAAGGGUUGCUGUUUUCCUCCAUGGAGCCGAAAGGGAAGCUAAUGAAGAUGAUCAUUUCCCUUUCUUUCAUAAAUCCAUUUUUUUUUU